ACAGGCCAGACCUUUCUGUCAGCAUCAUGCUUGCAUCAUGCAUGUAGCUGGGCGUAAAAGGAUUUGCAGCCUUUAAUAUAGAGAAAGGAGAAGAAAACGAAGAGUGUAGUGUUUGAAGAAUAGCCAAACAUUUUCUAUCCGAACAAGACCAGUAAUCUGUGAACAAAUAUGGCCAGCACCCAGACGAGUCUGAAAACCCCUUUCAAAGACCUGACAUCAUUCAAAGGCAACAUGAAGAGGCUUUACAGGGAACGGCUAGAAGAUGCACCCAUUAAAAAACGGGUAAUGGCAGAGAUGCACUUGAAACGCCACAGUCUGGAGACUGUCCCUAAACCCCCAAAGGUCAAGAAGGAGCGCGAGGAGCACACCAGCUCUGAAAUGGACAUCGAGGCAAGGCAGUUCCAUGUCAUUGGAGCUUCCAAGGCAUUAGAUCUUAGCGCCGGGCUCAAGCACACUCUGGCUCAAUUCACUUUAAGCAGCCAGAGCUCCCUGGGAGGUCCUGCUGCUUUCUCAGCAAAAUCUGCUCAAGAGUGUGCCUCUCCUAAUGGCAUGGCUCCACUUUCAUCUCCCCCAGUCCUCGGAGGUGGCCCUCUCUUGGUUCCCUGUGACAGCUCCACAGAGCUUACCCACUCUCUCCUAGAAGGAGAGUCCAUCUCCUGCUUUGUUGUGGGGGGCGAGAAGCGCCUUUGUCUGCCCCAGGUACUCAAUUCAGUUCUGCGAGACUUCUCUCUGCAGCAGAUCAACGCUGUGUGUGACGAACUUUACGUUUACUGCUCCCGCUGUGAUGCCGAACAGCUGCAUAUCCUCAAGGUACUGGGCAUCCUGCCCUUCAAUGCACCUUCCUGUGGCCUCAUCACCCUGACCGACGCCCAGAGGCUCUGCAACGCCCUGCUCCGCCCUGGUGCUGCCCUCCCGGCUGACACCAAUAGCAAACUGCCAGGCCAAGGCCUGCUGAAGGAGAGCGAGGCCAGUUUCCAGGUGGAGCACCAGUGUCUGGGCAAGUGCCAAGGCCUGUUUGUGCCCCAGUUCUACGUCCAGCUAGAUGCCCCCUGUAUCCAGUGUAUGGAAUGUCAGCUGCUCUUUUCCCCACAGAACUUUGUAAUGCACUCACACAAGUGCCCUGACAAGAGGACCUGCCACUGGGGCUUCGAUUCAGCCAAGUGGCCCUGUUACCUACAGCUGGGUCGCAAGCAUGAGGGCACUUCAGUGGAGCAACAACUCAAACAGCUGCUGGACGAGAUGAAGGAGAAGUUUCAUUACCAGCUAAAGAGGCCUCUGGACAAAAAGGUGGUGGAUGACAACAGUAAUGGGCGGAAAUCCAGCCCUGCCCCCUGCCCUCCCAAUAGCAAGCUGUCUGAUAAUGUUCUGGAGAAAAAGGUUCAGUCAAAGGGCAACUCCCAAUCUUCACUGGUGUUCAAUCGACUGUUUCCUGAUAUCAAAGAGGAACCAGAACACAGCCCCAUCAUCCACUCGAGUUACUACCUGUACACGUACGAUAAGAUGGUGGCCCCAAACGUGUCUCUGCGCAAGGAAGGGGAGGUGAGCCAUGAGGUUCUGGGGGCCCUGCUCAAACAACACUAUGGCAGAAGAACACUCACCAAUGACAGCCAGCCCACCAUAGAUCUUCCCGCAUCUCCUUUCUCCGUCGCAGAGACGGCCAAAUCCCAACAUGCGGGCAACGCAUACGAGCGCAGCCAACCUCCUCUGCCAGUCACCAUGGAGACAAGCCCGGGUGGCAAGCAGCAUGCCUCCGCUCCCACAGUGGACAAAGAUGGUAUGGAGGACAACAAAGACAGGAUCAUGCUGGAGAUUGUUCAGAUAUACCGUCGGCAGCAACAAAAACUCAACUCCACCCUUCAGAAACAGCUGCAGCUGGAGAUGGAGCUGGAGGCGGUGCGCGGAGGCGAGGCGGCCAGGCUGAGGGAGUUGUCUGCGGAGCAGCUGGAGCUGCAGAACGAGCUAGAGGCAGUGAACACGGAGCAUGCUCAGAGAUUGGGGGAGGUGCGGCAGGAGCAGAGGCAGCUGGAACACAGACUGGAGCAGCUCAGGCAGCAGAGCUGCGCCUGCCAACCAAAAGAACAGGAGGCACAAUACAAUGCACAGCUCUGCGAGCUGCGUUGCCGUCUCGAGCGUGCCGAGAUGGAACGUCAGGAACUGCAAGAGGAGCUGUGCAGAGAGCGGGAGGCCAGAGAAAAGCUGGAGCUCAUGAUCUCGCAGCUUCAACAGCAGAUGGCUCAGUCUGGCACCAAGGGGAGCCGAGGCAGUAGCCCUGCCCAGCCGCCAACCCCCUCCGUCAGCCCCCAAUCCCAGCAUUCCCCCUCUUCACCGGCCCCUGAGGUAACCUCUGGCUAAACUCCUCCACCGGCCCCCUCCGCUAACACUUCCAUGCCUGUAGCGUAGGAACACACUAGCCCACUCCCUGCAGAGUCACAGACAAACACAGAUCAACCUUCUGGAGAAAAGAGCAGCCCUCCCAUAACUGUUAACCUUAAUGUCUCACCACCACAAAAAAGACAAAUGUUUGUCUUUAAAAUUACUUUUUUUUUUUUUUCGUCUUAUCCUAGACCAGUCAUUAAGCAUUGUUUGGGUGCUCAUGUUUGUUUUAAUUUAUAGUUGUGCUGAGAAGAUAAUGGGACAUGGAGGAGAAGGUGCUUGUUUUCAAGACUCUUUGCCUCCUGUGGUGUGGGACAGUGUGCUGCUGACCUCAGAACAGCAGUCGAGGGCUUUCCGUCUCCCAGCCCUGUAAAAACGGGCCAACUCCACAGGAAAUGAAGCUGACACUUACUCUAAUACAACCUGUCACACUGAUCCCUAGGAGGCCAAAUGACAAGAUGCCAGUGCCCUGCACUAGGCGCAGCAAGAAACCACAUGGAUGUUUACCUUUUUAUUUGAGUGUUUCAUUAUUGCUAAAGAAAAUGGCUCAAUACAAAAACAAAUCUGUUAAACAAGUCAGAAUAUGUUCAUGAAAGUAAUUAAAAAACAUACAAGCUGGAAGACACAGUGCCACCCCUUACUGAGGCCCUCUGGUUUAAUCAUAACCCUCCCCCUUUUCCAAUUUUUUUUUUUAACCUCCCUCCCUUCCUCUUGAACUACCCGCAGUUUGUCUUUGCAGUCUGGUGUUGAUUAUAUGUUUCCUGUCUGUACCGCUGACCCUGUACAGGCUGGUAUAUGACAAACUGCUCACUUCAUUCCUAAGAGAUGCUGUAAGCAAAGACUCGCGUUCGCCCUCUGCUGGAGAAUAUUCAAUGACGGGGAAUAUUCGCAUUAGUGUAAACAGGGUUUCAGGGUACAGUGCAGUUCACCUCACCCUCAUGUUUCUGUUCAAAGGGAUCUCCAAACAUUGGAAGGGUUCUGUAGCAUCAAAGUAAACUCAUGGAUGAAGUUUCUCCAACAUUACAAGACUAAGUUGUUGAGGACCCUGGAUUCUGUGUGCCAUUUAAAUAUGACAUACAGUAGACCUUGCAUUCAACAUUUACUCACCCUAAUGUUAUUCCAAACCUGUAUGACUUUCUUCCAUGAAGUGUAGCAUCAGUCAUCAUUCACUUUCUUUCUAUGGAAUGUGAAUGGUGACUGAAAGCUAACAUUCGGCCUAAUAUCUCCUUUUGCUUUCCACAGAAGAAAGUCAUACUGGUUAGGAACAACAUGAGGGUGAGCAAAUUUUCUAUUUUAUGAGCUAUCCCUUUAAAUCAGACUCCAAUAAAUUUUUUGACCAAGAACUGCUAUUACAGGAUCCACAGUCUUUGAUCUUAAAUGCUGACUUCCAGGUUGAGUGAACAGAUAUUGUUUUGGGUGUUUUGCCUGACUUUUAUUUUGACCCCCCCCCCUCCCCCCCCCCUCAUUCCAUGGUGAUAUUAUUCUGGAUGACUGAACAAACAGGUCUGACAGAAAGAUGGAAAACAGAGAAGAGAGGCCAAAGGAGGGACGUUACAUGCUAGCUCCUAGUCACUGGGGUAGACAGGCUGGCUUUGUCUCUGUAGAAUGGGGCUGCUGCCUUUGAUGCCCAGGAGCCACUUGCCACUCUGCCCACCCAUACAGAGAGUGAAGAUAGAUGGGUAGAAAAAGAGACUGAGUGAGAGACAUAGUAAUGGAUGUGUUUUUGCCAACAGAGCUGUUGUAUAUUUCUUUUUUUGCCUGUGGGCUCAUUGAGUUGAGUGUGUAAAAAUAAUGGAGAGAAUUAUAGUCAAUCAAAAACCUUCUUUCAUGUUGUACAUAAAACAUUUCAUACAUUCCACUUUGCACAACUCAUAUAUUUCAAUAUCAGCCAAGCCGCAGCUGUUUUCUGCUAAUGUCUACAGUGUAAAACCUCUUGAAAGUGAAGAGGAAAAAAAAUACCCUGUCUGAUGUGAAUACAUCCAGCAUUGAAGAAUUGAAAACAAACUUGUCCGUAAUUUAAGGACUAUUCUGUUAAUGUGUGCUCUGUUAUUGUUAAACUUUUUCUUUGAAUUAUUCAGAAAUUAUUUAAUGUAUUAACUAAUAAAGAUUUAUAUACACAUUGUACAUAUAGUAGUGGUUAAUAUAUGCACUACAUUUUUAUGAAUAAUAUUCAAAGCUUUCUAAUGAUCACAUUUGGAUGGGUGUAUGCUCUAUUGUUUAAUUUUGCCUAAAGGACUUAAGAGUGGUUGUUGAUAUGGUUUAAAGUGAAGUAGGGGAGUGGGAUGCAUGGUGCUCACAACCCCUACUCCACUCCAAGGGGGACAGGAGAAGUGAAGCAUGCUGUCCAGUGCCUCGGCGUCUCCCUUCAGUGGGUCUGUUUGUGUGGAGCCCAUUGAGAUUGAUGGCCUGAUGAUAUUUUGGUGGCGUCCAGCUUUUCCUCUUCCCCAGUAAGCGUGAUGUGUGGCCAUUCAAUAUAUUAAAAACAAUAUUUAAAGAAAAAAAUACUUCUUAUAAAGGGAGUGAUUUAAAUGCAUGUAUUGUUAGCUAUAUUGUUAUGCUAAAACACAGAUUUAUUAUUGCUAAAUGUAGAAGCGCUUUUUUAAUUAUCACACAAAUGCAAGCUUUUAAAAAUAUGUCUCCAUAUUGUCUAAAAAAAAAAGUGUGGAAAUGACACAAAGUGUGCUCGAGAGCCUAAAAUAGAUGCUAGAUACUUUUGAUAUGCAAGACCAUGUGUGUCAAUGGCAAAUGAGGUGAUAUAUAUAUGUGUGUAUAUAUAUAUAUAUAUAUAUAUAUGAUUUCAUAUGCAGUUCUUUAUUUUCUCUUCACAAAUUAAGAGAGAUUGUAGCAUUUGUUUUGGCACUGUAGUGUGUCAACUACAAUUUCUGUACAAUCUGUGUUAGGUUUUCUUUUUUUUUUCACCACAAAUACCUCUGUAGCAGCCGAUUUCAAUGCUGUUUUUGAUAGUUUUUGGGUAAAUAAAAUGUAUUUCUGAAGCUUUCUAGAGUAUACCUUUUUGAUUUUUAACAAUUCUAUGAAACAUGUAAAUUGCAUUUUAUACACAUGGGGGCGCUGUAUAUCUUAUGUAGAAUGCCAUGUUAAAUUUGAAAAAUGGGCAUAGGUCUACUGUACUCUUUAGACUCUUAAAAACGACAAACCUGUUUUUUGGCUUUUGCAUUGAGCAGAUGAAUACAGAUAACAUUGUACAUAAUUGAAAGGUGUGAAAUAUGUUGAAAAUGUGAUGUGUAUAGGCCUGAUAUAUAAUUAGCUAAAUUUGACCUUAAAAGCAAUCUAAUAAGAUUUUUCCAGCAAGGCUACAAUGUAUUUUGCAUUCUAGAAAAAGAACAUCCCAAAUUUACUGGGGAUAAUACAUACCAUGGCUCGCUUGAGCUGAUUCUGUAAUUUUAAUGCUAAAAAGAAUACAAAAAUAAAGCUUUUUUUAUAAUGGUUGUAGUACAUGAAUGACUACCUGCCAGCACAGCAUGUGUCAUACAUAAUCUUUAAUUAUUUAUUUAAUAGUGUAACUGAGACAUUACUUUUUUCUUUUGACGACACACUUAACACUGUUAUACAGAUGUAAACUUUUGUAAAAGACAAAUAUAUUUUAAGUUGCUAUUUUGAAAUAUGAAAUGCAGUGUUUGUGUGUAUCAUUGCAUAUGUUGCCAAUCCUACAGUGUGAUGAAAUGUUUUUGCUUGUGCAUGAAAAUAAGACAUGCUCUCCUACCUCAUGUUGUGAUAUAAGAUGUUUUUAAAGCAAAUGGCACAUCUCAAACUGUUUACCAUCAUACUAGUUCAAUACAUGUACAUGCUUUUAGCUAAUACCUCAGUUGUAUCUAGUAUUUUUUCUCCCCAUAAUUUCAGACAUUGUAAAUAUACCUUGUAUAGACAAUGAACUUGGAUUUAAUUCAAGUAAAGUACUGUA